AAGUGGCACAACGUGGGCGGCGCGUCGAAGGAUCUUGUACCAAAGCACCAGCGAGCGCAGUCAGAGUCAGAGCGGCUGGAUGUGGAGCGAGCAGCGGGACGUGACGGUGAGAGCUGCGGGCACCCCUGCGGAGCAAACCGUGCGUGUAAAAGGAGUUCUGGCCCGGGGCCAGGCUUGAAGGCUGCUGUGGUGUCAGCACGGAUGGUGCGCGUCUCUUUCUCUCUCUCUCCAAAAGCUGGAUUCGGUUUCCACAGUCCGGUAACAGAAACUGGCGGAGCGACUUCAUCUGAGUAUUCACGGGAAACCGAGCCGCACGGACAGGACAGUUCAUCACCCGGAGAACCGGCUGACACAUUUCUGCUCCUCAUUAAAUCAUCGGAAUGGAUCCUAACCUCUGACCUCGGACGGCGCAUUUGGAAACCUGAUUCAGCAUCUUUGUUUGUUUGUUUGUUUGUUUUUGGUUUUUUGGCUCCAUCAACAUUUUUUUAAAAGUGUGAAAUUCUGAUAAAAACAUUAAGAUCCAGAUCUUUAAAGAAACACGUGAGAAUUAUGUGAAUAUUCCAGAUCUGGAAAUGCGUCGCAAAUGUUUCUUUCUGCUUCAGGUGUGCGCCGUCGUGAGCCUGCUGCCUUCAGGCUCUUUAGCGGAUUUGACAUGUGAAGCUCUGCUCAUGCUGUCAGGGAAUUUCUCAUUGCAGUCGCUGGCCUCCUCCUGGAACCAAACCCUGAGCAAUGCCACGGGUCAGUGGAGCGGCUCGGGACUCUACUGUGACACCUCCAUCGAUGGCAUUGGCACCUGCUGGCCCCGGAGCAGCGCCGGGCAGAUGGUGUCACGACCCUGUCCAGAGAUGUUCUACGGUGUCAGAUACAACACCACCAAUAAUGUUUAUAGGAAAUGUCUCGCCAAUGGAACGUGGGCGCUGAAGGGGAACUACUCCAUGUGUAAGGCCAUACUUCACGAGGAGAAAAAAGGGAAGAUGCACUAUCAGAUCGCUGUGAUCAUAAACUUCCUGGGUCACUGCAUCUCGAUGGUGGCUCUGCUCGUCGCCUUCUUCCUCUUCUUGUGUUUGAGGAGCAUCCGCUGCCUGAGAAACAUCAUCCACUGGAACCUCAUCACCGCCUUCAUCCUGAGGAACGCCACCUGGUUCAUCGUCCAGCUGACCAUGAGCCCCGAGGUGCAUGAAAGUAACGUGAUCUGGUGCCGUCUCGUCACCGCCUCCUUCAACUAUUUCCACUCCACCAACUUCUUCUGGAUGUUUGGCGAGGGCUGCUACCUCCACACCGCCAUCGUCCUCACCUACUCCACCGACAAGCUGCGCAAGUGGAUGUUCAUCUGCAUCGGCUGGUGUAUACCGUUCCCGAUAAUCGUGGCCUGGGCCAUCGGGAAGUUGUACUACGACAAUGAGAAGUGUUGGUUCGGGAAGCGAGCCGGCGUUUACACCGACUACAUCUACCAAGGCCCGAUGAUUCUCGUGUUAGUGAUCAAUUUCAUUUUCCUCUUCAACAUCGUGAGAAUCCUCAUGACCAAACUGCGAGCCUCCACCACGUCAGAGACCAUCCAGUACAGGAAAGCUGUGAAGGCGACUCUGGUUCUCCUUCCUCUCCUGGGCAUCACUUAUAUGCUGUUCUUCGUCAACCCGGGCGAGGAUGAGAUCUCUCAGAUCGUCUUCAUAUAUUUCAACUCAUUUCUGGAAUCCUUCCAGGGCUUCUUCGUCUCAGUAUUUUACUGCUUCCUAAACAGUGAGGUGCGGUCAGCUGUGAGGAAGCGGUUCCACCGUUGGCAGGAGCAGCACUCCAUCCGAGCCAGGAUGACCCAGGCCAUGUCCAUACCCACUUCACCUUCACGGGUCAGCUUUCACAGCAUCAAGCAGUCCACGUCGCUAUGAGGGCGAGAGUUCAGCUUUGUCCUGGUGACGUGCUUUUGGGAGCUGUCGUCAUUUUCUGCCACAUCACUGGAGUACACUGAAACACUUUCUGAGCCGGGGCAAGGCUCGAGAGCACGAAGGAGAGAGAGGCUGCAUCAGUCUCCGAAACCUCAGGAGGGACAUUAUACAGAGUUUUCACGAGAAAAAGGAUGGGGACGGGGAGGAAGGACACUGCAGACUUUAUGAAACGAGAGGUUAGUGGAUCAAGAGAAGGGCGUGACCAAGCUGGAUCUGUGCGACGUGGAAUUUGGGUGUGAAUGUACAGCACUCCAUGUUCUUUCAUGUCUGCCUUCCACGGCAGCUCUCCGUUGUUUUCCUGCUUGUUGCACACUUUUUAUUUUUCGCUAUUUUACAUCAGUGAAAACUCGGAGCUCGUGACGCUGGACUGCACUGAACUGGAUUCCAACCCAGCGGACAAAGUGCUGCCAUGGCAGUGACUAAGUUAUGUUAUGAGUUUCUUUUUUUAAUGAUUUCGCUGUCCCAAACAAUCGUCUGGUCGUUGUGUUUGAUAAUUUCGUGCCGUCCUCUUUUUCCUCUGUUCUCACUCGGCUUGGUGCAGUAGUGCUACUUUCAUCGACUUUCCAGAAAGUUUAACACAUUCCAUCGUUUCUACCUGAAGAGUUUUGUUCCAGAAUAACACGCCUGUCCUCGAUACAUGCAUGACCUGUACUUUAUCUGGGUUAGUGGAAAAUUUAAAGCCACUCACUUCCCUUCUGAGAGUUAGAUGGCAGGAUUAAUACCACUACACUACGUAGAAGUUGGUAUUUGUUGCCUCCAGUUUCAGAGUGUAACCCCACUGUGGUAAAUAUAGACAGAUGUACUCGAGUAUUUGUUGUGAUCAUUACUUAUGAUCA